UCAAAGGCCAGUCGAAGAUCUGUAUUUUUAUUUAUUUAUUUUUUUAAUAUCACAUUAGUUGUGUGUGUGUAAACAUUACCUUAAGUGCUCAAUGUGGCGAAAACAAUUUGCUCCUAUUUCUUUAAAUGUCAUCAUCUGUUUAUAAUAUUUUGAUGCUCAAGGAGUCAUACAAAUGCAGAAGAUAGACCAAGCAUGAAAUCUUUAGGUUUUUUAUGGAUACUGAAAUUUUAUUUCACUCUAUUAUUAUGACAGAUACAAUAGGGUAACAUGCCUACUUGUUGCAACUUUUUCCUGUUAUCACCAGAUCAAGAAGGCUGUAAAAGUAACAUUGCUGCCAAAUUCCAAAAUGCCCUCAGUCAGCAUAUAUUGCCACCUAUUGGAGUAUUUUGGGACAUUGAAAACUGCCAUGUACCUAAAGGAAAAUCAGCCAUUGCUCUUGUUCAAAACAUAAGAGAAAAAUUUUUUGCUCAUCACCGAGAAGCUGAAUUUAUGUGUGUUUGUGACAUAAAUAAAGAAAAUAAAAUUGUCAUCCAAGAACUGUUAUUUGCUCAGGUCACUGUUGUACAUAUCAGUGCUACUUGUAAAAAUGCAGCUGAUGAUAAACUGAAACAAUGCAUGAGACGUUUUGUAGAUAUUCAUGGAUCUCCAUCAACAUUGCUUCUUAUAUCAGGUAUUAAUUUUUUAUUUUAUAAGAUCAACUCAAGAUAA